AUGUCCAAGACGGAACCCGACAGCUCAUCCGACCAAGUCAGCAUCCUCAAGAACAACCUCACCCGGGCGUGGGCUGCAGUCUCCUCGGGGCCCACUGUCGAGCCCUACCAUGUCAAAGUGACUGAGGCACUGAGUGCUUCGGCCGACGUCGAGAUACGAGAAGCCUCUGUCAGGGCCCGACACAAAAAUUUAUUAGACCAUGAGAUGCCAAAGGUUUUCGGCGAAGGCCAAUGUUCGGCGUUGUUAGUCUCGAUUCGCCACACAGCCAGCGAGAUCGCCGCGGCUAGGGAUGCGUACAACAACCUCAACACAACCUUCAUCAGCGCAACGAAUCUCGUAUGCUCACAGCAAAAACACGCUCUUAGACGUUAUCGAAGUGACCAAGAUUGGAAGGCCACGCAAACUCUGGCCAAAGUAAUAUUUGACCCUGGGGUCUGGGACCAGUUGCAGAGUUGGUGGCCGAGCGGACCAGACAAUGUAGCCGAAACUGCGAAGUCAUCACGAGAAAUACUGCAAGGCCUGGAGCGUGCGUGUGCGAUACUGCUUCAAUCUGUCGUUCCCCCCCACGCUGCCACUUACCACAUCAUGUCGCUGGACUACUUGUUGGCGGGGGAAAUGCUGGCCGCCCAUAUCGGUCAAUCACUUACGCCUCUGUGCGACCCAGGGGUGGUGGGUAAAGUCAGUCGAAUGAUCAGGAAGGCAGCAAAAAGAGCGCGGCGACAAAGACUGGUUUAG